GAAAAACAUUAAUAAGUUAUUUGGCAUUCCAGUAUAAAAUUUUUUUUUAGCAAACCAGACUGAUUUUUAAAAACAUUUCCUAUUGAAAAAAUUAUAUUCUGUGUAUUUGCAUUCUAGGAGUGGCAAAAAACUUUCUAAGCUAACGAAAUGGUUUUUAAAAGUUAUUAGUUUUUGUGACUAAAUCCCAUUUUCUAUGUUUUCCAGGUUAUAUUUUGUCUAAUGAUGGCAGUGAUGAGUUAGAUAGCCAUGUCCCGACUCUAUGAUCCUAUCUCACAGACCAUCUUUGAAAAGGAAGACUUUCCUGAGCCUUCAUCUUUACAGGGUUUAUGUAGAAAAAGUAUCAUUCAGGCUGUCACAUUGGGAGACAUAGAAAAGGUACAUCAACUCCCUCUCCCAACAUCCAUAAAAACCAAGGUUCGAGCAUUAAGUAUGAAGGACUUUGCUAUUGAUGUGGAAAGACUGAGCCCAGAGAACCACACCAAGAGGUGCUACCCUGCCACCUGUUGCCUGACCAAUGAUGAUGUCAUCAUCAAAGUCUUUCCAAAAAAUUCCAACUUCCAUCUCUCUGACUAUGAUCCCUCCAUGGUGGCCUCAUUCAAAGAAAACGGCCACCUUUGCUGUAUCCUAAUUCCCACCCAAUCCCUUGCCGAGAAAAUCGACAAAGCGAAAGAGUCCGGAACGAUGUUAGAACAUGGCCUCAUCUGGAAAACCUUAACCAAAGUUCUGCACGUUUUUCUAUCUGGCCAAAUCUCUCCUGUAAGAAGUAUUCCAUCAACAGACAUCAGAUAUCUACCAAACGGCUGGAUCACGAUCAAUCCUCCCGACAAUGAGGAAUCUGGGAUGGUAACGGCCAUGGAGGCCCAGAUAGAUAAGCCCGUGUACGAGGCACCGGAAGUCCUGGGGCGCCAGAAUCCAGAUUCCAAAGCCCACUCCUGGAACUUGGGCUGUCUGCUUUACGAAAUGCUUGCCCUGGAACCAGCGUUCUAUGACAGGAGUGGAGUGAACCCGUUUUCUGUAUUCAUGGACAUCAUGCAGGGAAAUUUGCCAGCCGUUCCAGCCUCUGCCAGUCAGUCACUGACAGAUUUAGUUAACCGCUGUCUUGUCAGUGAUUCUGCUAAUCGCUUAAGUCUGCAGGAAAUUGAGGAUGCCAUCAUUCAGCAUAACUCUACUAACCUAUAGAUUGCUGAGUCAUUGGACCAAGUCAUUAUAAUUUGGACACUGUUUAUUCCUCUAUUUCCACGUUUUAAAUAUUAUUUCUUUAUAUCAUUCUUCUUGUUUUAUCCAGUAUUUGUUGCUAUUUUAUACACUGUAAUUUAAAUUUUUAAAAUGUUUUGAUUUUAUAUUGUUGUGUUUCUUUGUUUUCAAUAUAUUCUAUGCAUAUUUUAUUUCAAUUUUUUCUAAUUCAACAUUGAAUGCUUUUAAAAUUUGAAGAUUUAAGAGUAAUUAUAGUCCUUUUCAAUACUGUAAUAGCUCAUCUUCAUUUCUAUUGUUUUGACAUGAGGUUGUCCUAAUAAGAAAUGUUUUGCUAUACUGAAUUCGUAUUGUUAAAAUCUACAUAAAAAUCAGUUUUGAUAAUAAAUCUUAACAAAAAUACUACAAGUUUGAUUGCUUUCCCAAAGAUAACAGGAAAACAAAACCAUGCCUUAACCUUGUUUAUAAAACAAAGAAUUGCUGAAUUUUGCUUGUAACUUGAUAGAUUUAAAUUUCCUUUUGUUACCCAUUUAUAGAAAUAUUUCAGUAAGGCACUGAAAACAUUAACAAUCAAAAUUAAUUCAAUGAUUUUUAAACAAGUAAGAUAAACCCACAGUAUCAUAACUAUAUUUAUUUUUGGUCAAAGAAAGCAGCUUGAAACAGAGAAUAGGUCCAAGUCAACGCAAGGUCAAUUGAUGCAUGAUCAAAAGAUUAAUACUGUAAACAUACUACAUUUGACUGUGUAUUCUAUUUAAUUAGCGCUUUUGGCGAAAUGCGACUUCCGCUAAAUCAAAUACAUUGCUGAAUGUCAUGCACAUAUGUAUAAGAAAAGUCGCAUUCAAGAAUACACUAAUUCAAAUCAACGCCAACUUGUUCAAACACUCAUAUCUGCCAAAUAUCGUACUCGCCAAAUAUAAUAUGUUUACAGUAUAUUAAAGUGUCUUCCUUUUGAAUCACUAAACAAAGCUUUAAAAAGUU